AUGCUCAAUCUCAAUUUUAAGAAUGCGCUACCUCAUAACACCCGAGUAAAUCCCCUAAGAGGGUGGUCCUCAUUGCUCUUCACUGGGACAAGCCCCUCACGAAGUCGGACCCCCCUCACGCACACACGUCAAACGCACUACGCGGCUCAGGAUACCAGGUUUUUACAAUUACGGGCCCAGAGGACUUCAAUCCCUUAUCUUGCGAAACGAUCGUUCGCUAUAGAAAGGAGAUCUCUGGAAGAUGACAUCCCCCCAAGGCCGUCAAGGUCACUAGCCGGGAAAGUUGCCGUUGUGACCGGGGCAGGGUGUGAAGGCGAUGGCCUUGGCAAUGGUCGGGCCAUCUCAAUUUUGUUGGCUGAAGAUGGGGCUUCGGUUAUCUGCGCCGACCUGAAUCUCGCGUGGGCCGAGCGUACCAGCUCUAUGAUCCGCUCAGAAGGCAAAGGGGAGAGUAUCAGCUGUCAGGCAGACGUUACCAAACCUACCGAUUGCCAGAAUAUCGUCGAUGCAGCGCUAUCCAAGUUCGGGAGAGUUGAUAUUCUAGUCAACAACGUGGGAAUUAUGGGUGCCAGGGGCACGGCAACGGAGUUCGAUCUGGAGCAGUGGCGUCGCGGGCUUGAAAUAAACGUCACAAGCAUGGCGAAUAUGGUCAAAGUGGUCGUGCCUCAGAUGCGCAAGAACAGUGAGUCUCUAGGUCAGAUUCGGGGAAGUAUCGUCAAUAUGGGUUCGGUUGCUGGAUUAGUAGGGGGCACUCCCCAUCUGCUGUACCCGACGAGCAAAGGUGCCGUCCUGAUUAUGACACGCGCUAUGGCGGCACAUCACGCAUCUGAUGGUAUCCGCGUAAAUUGUGUUUGUCCAGGUAUGCUCUACACGCCUAUGAUGUAUUCGAAAGGUAUGAGUCCAGAGACUCGAGCUGCGAGAAGAAACCGAAGUCUCUUACGGACGGAAGGGAACGCAUGGGACUGCGCGACGGCUGUGAGGUUUUUAGCUAGUGAGCAGGCCCGUUGGAUCACGGGUAUGGUACUCACAGUCGAUGCCGGAGCCACAGCCGUGUCAGCCAUUGAGCUAGUGUGA